AUGGCAGAGGCGGUGGUUCCUUCAACAGAUGAGGAGGGAAUUGGCGUUCAGUUAAAACGGCUUCCCAAACAGUUCGCCUUGACUGAGGAUGCAACCAUUGAGAUGGGAAAAGAGGAGGCACUGGCAGAAGCUGAGAAAAGGCUUAGGGAUAUGCAGGCAACAACAACAAGAAGGAGCCUCUCUAGACAACAGUCGACUCCAGAGUCUGAGCAGCAUAGCAAGGACACCUUCACCCAGACAAAGUCCAUGGCGCAAGGCUUCAUGGACAUGGCGCUGUUGGUGGCAAACGCUGGCCAGCUCAAACUGGUCUUGACUGAGGGAAGACGUGGUCGGAUCUUCAUGUAUGAGUUUGUCCUCGCCCUGCUGGUGUCUUCCAUCAUUGUGCAGAUUGUGGUGGGGAUCCUGCUAUACAUCAAGUCCCGUCAGAACGAAAACAACCCGACUCAUCGGAAACGCCUCAAUAUGGUGAACAACGUGAGUACAGGGUUGGUGAUGAUCAUCACUGUCCUGAACGUCUUCAUCUCGGCUUUCGUCAUCGUGGAUCAGUCAGUAUUUCCAUCAACUGCGCAGGCGCCGGCAACGGUUGCCUGGCAACCAGUUCUUCCCACAGUCGGCCCUACGACCAGUACUCUUGCACACACCACUCCGACGACGGCCGCAAACGUGCCCGCUUCAACCUGCGUGUGUCCAACUUUUCCAACGGAUUGA